UCUUAUCUUCUGGCAUGGACCGUUGAUGACAUUAACAACUGAAUGCCAUGCACUUUGGGUUUACAGGGAAUAAUCCAUUAUACGGUUGGCUUGGACGUUCUCGGAGAUGAGGAAGAUGCAGAUGAAGGAAGCCUGGCACCUUUUAUUCCAAGUUUAAGCCCUGUAUUUGAUGCUGGGUGAGGAGCAGACUGAUGAACAUGCAUCCUUUUGGCCAAGAGGAGCAGACCUCCGUGGAAAAACUGUUUGCAUUUUUCACUUGGUGUCUGCGGCAGGGCGAAUGGGAGCUUGCUCAGGCUUCCAUUGGACAGCUGAAGGAAUGGCAUGGAGAGGGUGCUGGUCAAGUGGAAGAAAUAUUGCAAGCGGUUGUCUCUUGUCCUUACAAGCUCAGGUGGGAGACAGUUGGCAGUCCACAUCGACUCGCUUGGUUUUGGCUUUUGGUACUAGAGAAGUGGUUUCCAGAUAAGGUGCCAGAGUUUGUCAAGCGUGAACUUGAAUUUAUGCUCCUUUUAGAAGAGCUGCCAAGUGGAACUACAGAGAAUGUUCUCAAGGAGUUGCACCUUGCAUUUCUGCAUAUCCAUAGUCCUCAUAUAAUACAAGAGAGAAAAAGAGAGCAUUGGAGCAGACCCCUAAGUGCAGAGACUACCUUGUGUUUGCAGGCCUUGUUAGAGAAGGUGCCAAGACUUGCUCAAGCACUGAUUGGGUACUUGCUGACUGAUGGGUCAGAGAGUGUACAUGUGGAGCACAACUUUUUACUACAAAAACUUUUCACUGAAUUCCUGCAGGACUCAUUGAACAGACUGAGGAAUGAUAGACAGAUUCCCAGCUCAUCUGAGCAAAGGAGAACUAUUGAAAAUGUUUACUCCGUACUAUCUGUCAUGCAUGUCCACCCUGAUCGUCAGGCAGCACAACUAUGGAAUUUAUGUGAGUCUCUGUUUGACGCUACUUGGGGAGAGGCUGGCUUUCUUUGUGAAGAGAGAAUUCUGGCCUGCUUGCUUCGUCCAGGAAACUAUGCUUUGGUCAAUUUGUAUAGCAGUGUAGCCUCAAAAAUGAGGAAAGGAAAGCUGCUAAAACAAACAUCAUUUUCUGUAGACGUCCCUGAAUCUGAGAAGGAAAUCCUUGGCGUUUUUUCUUGUUUGGAUCGGACAUCAGCUUGGAAAACCUUUUACUUUGACUGUUUAAAUAACAACAAGCACUUUUUGGAGCAAAUUCUGGUUGCAGCCUUGAGCUUGGUGAAAAGGGAAGACUUCUCUGGUUUAAAAACACUCUUGGACAAGGAGUUGAGACCUUUGUCGAGGCUUCUGCUUUUGCUAGGAUGGACCCACUGCCAGAGUCUGGAAUCUGCAAAGGCUUUGCUACGUAUACUGCAUGAGAACAAAGAGCUUCAUUUUGACUCUGUUUUAAAUGAGUAUGCUAAUGGAUUAUCGGCUCAAAUCAAAAUACUGGAAUGGUGCUGGGAGUGCAACAGAAAUAAUAUUUCAACUAAAGACCUCUUAAGACACCUGCACAGUCUUGACACUCACUCUGCACUCUAUGUCCUGCACUCACUCACCAACCUUCCAGCUCAGGAUGAGGACACGAUCUUGGCUAUGCUGCAGGCUCCAGCUUUACCUGGCACCUCAGGUUCCGCUGAGCUGCCUGAGACUUUACGCCUUGUUCAGUGUCGGAAUGUGGCACUUUUCCAAGGAUUCUGUGCUUUCAAAUAUGCUCUCUAUGCACUUUGCGUCAAUGCACACAAGUAUUCUCGCUGCUCUGAAUGUUUAGAUGAACUUCUGGAUGAGACACCUGGAGACCAGCUUGCAACGGAUGGCCAGUUUACAGAAGAAGGAUAUCAGGCACUUUUUAAGACGUUUAUUUCUAAAUGUAAGCAGCAUUUAUGGAAUUUGCCACUCACAUUUCGCCUGGAGUUACUGGAGAACAUUUAUUCUUUGAUAUUUCUGUCAUUUGAUGACUUUAAUUCAAGCAGAAAUGAUGAUAUUGCCUUGGAAGAGGAUGAUGAAGGAGAGAAAGACGAGACUGAGUGGUGUGAUGAGACAGUAGGUCUUGACAGCACCCUGGAGCAGACGGAUUUCUUGGAGUCUGAAGAUCAGACAAGAACUGAAUAUGAGGAAACAGCCAGCAGAGUGUCGGCCAGGUCUGGAAACCAUAGACAAGCAGACCAGAAAGAUAAUGAUCCAAAGACUCAAACACUUAGCUAUUUGCACAUUAAGCACUUUAUUAAUGGAGUAGGUGGGUUUCUUGCUGAUAAAUUCGCUGUGGAGGCUUUCUUGAAAAUGUUAAAAGAACAGCUGGAUAUGAUAGACUGCAAGUUACAAGCAGUCAACGUUAUACCAGAAACUGACACAGAAGUGGACGAGUUACUAAAUUCAUCAAUAACUACUGAAUUAUUUAACACACGUCUGCAGAGGCUUGUGAAAUAUAUCUCUGAGGCUGAGUGGCGAUUUCAGGUGGUAACAAGCAACAGGUUAGCAGAAGCUCAGAUAUCAACCAUGAGGAAACUGCGCCCUUUUGGCUUCCGUUCCAGUUUUAAACGGAGGAGACGGGCUGGCAGAAAUAAGGCAGAUGGGGCUUUAGUGCUACCAGUUGAAUGUGUAAAUGGGGAGCUGAGUGCCACUGCUUCAGAUGGGAGUGCUGGUACCUUCUCUAGCCACAGUGAUCGUGAUUCCAAGUUGCCAUCAGUCCAUAAAAGCCUAGUAAUUCCUAUGAUGUUGUCAACUCCCGAAUCUCUUCUCAUCUCUUCAAUUCUGAGGGGAAACUUUUCAACAGCACACCAGGUGGGAAAGAUGUUCAGCCUGGAAGCCUUGCCCAGCUUUGGAGAGCUGCUGUUCAUGGAGCUUUACCAGCAGGUGGUUAAGGAGCUUGAAGGAGUUGAGGACAAGAUCGAAAAGAAGACAUUGGAUGAUUCUGAUAAAAAGACUAACAGUGGACGUUCUACCCUCAAGGCUAUUGGGAGUGCAGCUGCAGCUGGUAUGGUAUUUUACUCGAUUUCUGAUGUUGCUGACAAAUUGCAAAGUUUCCCUGAGAAACCAGUGUUAGCUCUACAGGAUGACUUCUGGGAUAACUGCUUACACUUAGAGUCUUCUGGAGCACACCGAGAUAUUGUGGAAGACCUGAGUCCUGCAGGGAUGGCAGCCUUUGAUCUGGCCUGCACUCAGUGCCGCCUCUUUAAGACAUGCAAGAAGUUACUGGAGGUGGCUGAGAGGAGGCAGCACAACACACUGGAUGCAAAAGGAAAGCCACCUGAUUUCAGAGUUUGUCAUUCUGAUGGCAUUAAAGGGUUUCCUGUAUUUCUGGAACAGCUCAGCAAAAUCAUGAACCAUGCACCAAGUUCUUGUGACCCAACUAAGUCUGCAGAAGCAAGUGAGGAAAAAACAACAAGCCCGUUCUCCAGGAGCAUUCGGAGCAUUCUACUGACUUGCUACCCAACUUUAACAGAGGAUUGCAUUGCAGCACAACUCAGUAUUUCUCACAAGUUGAAGGGCAUCCUCUUGAAAUUAAAGUCUGCCAUGCAUUCUGCAGAUCUUAAAGGUGGUGACCUACUGUCGGCCUUGGUGGAUCAGAGCAAGUCUAGGCCUCAUGAGCCAGAAGACAAAUCUGUGAGAUUUCUGAUGAAACAGCUGCUGAAAACUGUGGACCUGCACAUCCAGAUGCAGGCUGGCAGACAUCUUCAAGUUGAUUAUAUACGCAGCUUUUUUGACUACGUAAAUACAUUAGCUGCUGUAUUAGUGAAAAGUCUGAACUCUGAAACAGAUCAUGGUCUUGAAGUGAAACUGUGUAAUCCUCUGCUGGUUUUACAUCAGACACCAUCUCAACUCAUCUCCCAGCUGUUGUUUGAGAAACAGAUCCCUCCUGAUAGGAUUUCAUCUCUCCUUCUCAAGGAAGACAUGCCCUUGAAUGUUCAGCAAGUGAUUGUCAACUGCUGCUGUGAAACUCUGCCUCUCUGGGACAUGAAGAAACAGCGGCACAAUCCUUCACUGUUGAAUGCUGUCUCUGUGUUUGUCCAUCAGUAUGCCAAGCAGCAUCUUCCAGCCAUGGAAGAGUUUUUUGAAGUGUCAGAUGGAAGUUGGAGCGAAUGCAUCACUUCAACAUCACCACCUCUUUCCCCAGGAGAGCAAACUCACUUCCUUCUUACACCAUCUGCCUUGAGUCUUCUCAAGUCUCAUUCAAGUUUACUUGCUGCCAUUGCUUGUCUGACUGCAUCCAAGGGAAUUAAGAUGGCAAAGUCAGGUUUGUCUGCAUGGAGGGAUUUUCGAGGCAGGAAAGAGGAUUCACCAGAUACAGAGCAACUGCUGAAGGAAUUCCCCAUCCUGGAGAGUUUUCUUCAGACAAUGUUGGAACCUUUAGAAGAAUCCUUUGAGGAAAAUGGAAGCCUUGCCAGUGCUCUCUGUGGCAAGCCUUGUGUCAGUUUGAUUCUCUCUGGUCUUCAUUGUCAUGCUGCCCUCCGUAUAGCAGAGGAUGUCUUUCAAGAAGCCCUUGCCAAUAAAGAUGUCUUGAGAGCUCUGAAAGUCUUAGAAUUAUAUGGCCCUGAGUGCCCUGCACUUUUUAAAAUGAAAGACAUUCUGCUUAGCUGUGCAGUUGUCAAUGAGGCAGAUGGAGUGCAGUAUUUGUUCCUUGUGAAGGAUGCUGAUCUCCGAGCCCGACUGGUGCUUUACUGUUUGGAAAGAUGGCAUCUGGACUCUGCAAUGGAGAUUCUUCAGUAUUGUUUGAGUGACUGCAGAACAGCGGAGGAGUUGAAAACAUCUCUCCUCCAAAAGAAAAAUGAGCUUCAGAUAUAUGACAAGAUUUUAAACCUAAAAUCAACAUCAUCUUGGGCUGACUGGCGGGAACUGAAGACAGAAUCUAACAGUGAUCCUGGAAUGGUAAUGGACAUCAUUCUGCUAAAUAAGGAGUUUGACUUGUGCAGGGAUUGGAUUCAACUAUAUCCCGUGUCAAAAAGCCUUUUAAGUCGAUUCCAGCGAGAACACCUUCUUCACCUACUGGAGAGUGGCGAGUCUGAAGUAGCUUUCCAGCUACUUGAGGGGUUAUCAGAUCCAGAGCUGUGCCUAUUCAUUUGUGAGGAAGCAUUGGACCAGCAUCCAGGUCUGGCUGCUUGCCAUUUUUUGACUAACUAUCUUACAACUCAUUUCCAUGCAAGUGUGUCUGCAGCCCGUAGGCAUGAAAUACAAGCCAUACGCAUAGGGUCCAAGCUGCUGCUUACUCUUCCUGAGACGGCUCGUCAGGACUAUUUCCACCUUUCCUCCAGUCCCCUGCUUAUGCUCGAGCAGUUAUUGAUGAAUAUGAAGGUGGAUUGGGUGGCAGCAGCAGUAAAGACCCUACAGCAACUUCUUGUUGGACAGGAAGCUGGCUUUACUGGAGAAGAUAUUGAUGACCUCCUCUCAAGAUAUGCCCAGAAAGCACUGGACUUCCCAUAUGCUCCACGAGAGAGGUCUAGAUCAGAUUCUGUGAUAAGCCUUCAGGAUCUUCUAAACCAAACAAUGGGCCAAGACGCAGUAUCACCACCUUCACUAACAGAUCCAGUGCCGUGUUCCCCAGCUGGCAGCAGUCCAGUACACACACCUAUCAGUGCCCGGGAAAAAGCCCAUCGGAAAUCAAAACCAACCUGUGAGUUUACACCCCCUGAGAAGCCCCCAGAAAAGAGGCACUGGGUUCCAGAUGACCAGCAGCUGUUGUGUAUGGUCUGUAAAAAGGAGAGGUUCACAAUGUUCAACAGAAGACAUCACUGCAGGCGCUGUGGUAGAUUGGUAUGCAACUCCUGCUCUACCAAGAGGAUGCUGGUGAACGGUUGCAGGGAAGAUGCAGUACGUGUCUGUGACCAGUGUUACAGUUUCUACCACCAAGAUUUUUAUGGUAACACUUCGAUCCAUAGUGGGGAAGGUUCACCAUUGCAAAGUACGGAAGAGGUUGAAGAGCCAGAAGUGGCUAGAAGCCCUGAUAAAGCCGGCUUGGACUUUUCAAGCAUUCUUCAACUCCCUGAAGCACAGGAAAGGCAAUGGAAGCUAACACUGAAUGAAAGCGACAUUGAAAUUGAGCGUAGUGAGUUUUAUUAUGAGCAGGCUCCAAGCGCUUCACUUUGUCUUGCCAUUUUAAACCUAAACAGCAACAGCAUAGCAUGUGGCCACCAGUUAAUUGAGCAGUGUCGCAAACUGUCCCUGGGCCUCAAUAACCCUGAGGUGGACCCCCGACUGAUCACAGACAUUAUGAAGCAGCUGCUAGUUAGUGCAAAGUUAAUGUUUGUGAAGGCAGGAAUGAGCCAGGAUCUCGCUCUGUGUGACAGCUAUAUUAGCAAAGUCGAUGUGCUGAAGAUUUUAGUCACUGCCAACUACCAGUAUGUGCCAUCUCUGGACCAAAUACUGCAGCCAGCAGCAGUGUCCAGACUGAGAAACCAGUUGCUAGAAACCGAGUACUACCAGCUAGCUGUGGAGGUCUCAACCAAGAGUGGUCUCGACCCAAGUGGAGUAUGGAGUGCCUGGGGAAUGGUAUGCUUGAAGGCUGGGAGCUUAAGUGCUGCCCGGGAGAAGUUCAGCAGGUGUCUGAAAGCCCCGUUUGACCUGAACCAUCUCAGUUUUGGCUCUCGGCUGCUACAGGACAUAGUUCAACACCUUGAGUCCACUGUCAAGCCCAGCAGUGGCAUGGCAGAUGAGGGCAUUCUGGCCUCCCUGAAAGAACUGGAAGAUGCACUGCUGGAGACCCCUGCAUCUGACAAGCCAGAAGGAAAGAUUCAACAGAACAGCAACUACCAAGAGUGUCUUUAUUACCUGCACACCUACGGGACAAAUUUGGCCAUCAUCAGCUUUUACAUGAGGCACGACUGCAUGAAAGACGCACUCUUACACCUGUUACAUAAGGAUUGCCCAGAUGAUGUGUUUUUGGAAGGGAUUUUUGUUGCCAGCUAUGAGAGUGGAAAGCUGCAUGGUUUAGAGAGCCUCAUGGAGUCAAUUGACUCAAGUCUGGAGAGCUGGAGCCACUAUCUCAUUGCAGCCUGCAAACACUUACAGAAGCGUGGAUUCUUCAACAUCCUGUAUGACCUGCAGCAGUUUAUGAAGGACCACGUUAGAGCAGCCAUGACUUGCAUAAGAUUCUUCACAUACAAAGCAGAAUCCUACGUGGAUCUGGGUGAAAACCAGAAGUGGCUAGUGAAGGCCAAAGAUCACCUGAAAACAUAUCUGCAUGAGUGCUCAAGCAGGGGUUCUGCGAGACGGAAAUCGUCAAGUUCAUUCCGGAAGAAGAUGUCCUCCACAGAUGUUUCCAGACACGUGAACACUAUUGAGUUGCAGAUAGAAGUUACCAAGUUCCUGCAGCGUUGUGAAUCAACAGGGGUGUCUAAGGGAACUGGGAGCACUCCAGCCAAUCUGUUUGGUAACAGCCACAUGAAGAUGGAGGUAGCAUGCAAAGUCAUGCUUGGUGGCAAGAAUAUUGAAGAAGGAUUUGGUAUCGCGUUCAGAGUUAUACAGGAUUUCCAGCUGGAUGCAUCAAUGGCUUAUGACAAAGCAGGAAAACGCUUGGUGAAGCAACAACAGUACAAGGACAUCAAACAGCUGCUUAAGUGUGUGAGCGAAUCAGGAGCGGCCACUAAAAAUGACUGUGACAACAUCAUUCUCGGCUGCAUUGAGGUUGCAGACAAAGGGCCUGCACAUGCAAAAGAACUGGACAGUUUGAUCUUGGAAAUGAAAUGCCCUGGCAAUAAGGUGAAGGCCUACUUGCUGUGCAGAAAGCUUCGCCCGGCCUACCUCACUGCAGUGAAGAUGGAGCAGCCCCAGGCUGGUGAGCUAGUGCAGGAGGUGUUGCUCGCUGCAGAGACCAUUGAGGACGUUGUCAUGCAAGACAUUUGCCGUCAGUGGCUCAGUGAGCACCAAGUCAAAGCUGCCACACGGCAGAUGGGCCACGCGUCACACAGAUAGCCGUGCUGAUGGAGAUGAGGGUGAACAAACCUCCCAUAGCUUCUCCUGCUUUGCCUAAAAUAUUUGCUUUAGAGACGGUCCUUCAUAAGGUGAACACAUCUGAUUCCUACCAUGAAAGAACCUUUGAAGGUAGUGUUUAUUUCUAAUACUAGGAAACAUGGUUAUUAAAAGGGCCUUAAAAUUCAUGCAUUGUCACAAUGAAAAAAAAAAAACAAAAUGCAAUACAUGCGUGUUCCUCGUAAGUCCAAUCCUACCUCGUGUUGCUGCUUUGCAAAACAAGCAGCUACAAAGAAAACAAAGAGGGAGAGCCCUCUGAACUCGAGUGAAGACAGCGUGUUGUCCUCACACCUCACGCUGCUCUCCCUGAACCAGCCUUAGUAACACAGCUGCUCUAGAUGAUGCUGGCAUUUUUUAUAUGUGUAUGUAAAUAUCUAUUCUUCCUUAGGGAAUAUAAGAUUUUGUUUUAGAUAAAAACAUUUUUUAGUUAGCAAAUUAGUAGCAGUGGAAUUUAAGUGAAUUUUCAAAGGAAAUAAUGUUACUGGAAAAAUUAAACCUAUGCCAAGUAGUAUGCUAGCUAGUGCCGAAGCACGCUGACUGUGCCAAGAUGGACUGACGUCAACGUGCUGCGAGGCCCUGGUAGGUGACAAAGCAGUGUGUUAAUCCACAAAUCAGUUUUGCUUCAACACAAACAGAAAAUUAAUACAUCCAAUAUCAAAUAGUGUGGAAAGAGUUGAAGUAUUAAUAAUUGGAAAAAAUUCACGUUUGUUGUGAUCAGAAAUACAAUCAGUGGUUCUUACAUAACUUUAUAAAAAGGCCUCUGAGAGAGAAGUGUAUACCUGUUAAACUGUCAAAAAUGGACCGCAGGAGUGUUAAUUCCAGGAAAUCUAAAAGGUGCUACCAGAUGUCUGCUCCAUUUAGUCAAAGAAAGUGCAUUAAGAGAUUAAAAGGAUCUGCGGGUUCACCUUUUAUAUAGAUAAAAAAAUCAAGGAUGUGCAUAAAAAAAUGCCGCAAAAAUUCUUUUCUCUCUGAACGAUAAAAGUCCAGAAAGUGUUUCCCAAGUCAUGAAGCAUGUUUGAAUAUUUAUGGUUUUAUUUAUUUUUAUUUUUUUUUGGUGUUGAGAUCAGAAUUCCAAUAUUAUGAAGAAUAAGAAAAUUCUAUAAUAGUUGCUUAUACACAAAUACUCUUCAGACUUUGAGGUUUCAAAACCUAAAGAAACCAAAGUAGUAUUCAUAAUUCAAGAAAUGAAAUGGCAUGACCCGCGUGGAUUGAUGCCGAUAGCCAAACUGCCAGACUGGAAGUUCUUUCCUACCGUGUGCUUCUAAUCAACUGCCUUCCUCUACAAAAAUCGAGUGCAUUCACUUCCUAAGUGUACUUCUGAAUUUCCUGGCCUGACAGCAUCAUCAGCCAUGGAUUUUAGGAAUUCUAAUCAGUUUACAUGGCCGUUUACCUGUGUAAAUAAAUCAACCCAAGUCUUUCCAGAGAGCUUUAUGAAGGCAAAUGAAAGACAUGAAUUCCAAGGGAGGAGGCUCUGCUGAAGUUUACAGUAGAAGAGGACAAUGCCAAGGUAAUUGCCAAGGUAUUGGAAUGCUUAGGCGUUAUUCUCUUUUGUUUCUUAUGCUUUUAAUAAAACUGUGCUAAUUUCUAUGGAAAUAUCCCUUUUUUUGUCACUUUACAUUUAAUUGUGCAAAUGUUCUCCUGUGCACUGACAUGUAAAAAAAGUUUUUAAAUGUUACUUUCCCCUGUGUCUGCCAUGUUCUUAAACUGCAAAUGAGCACAGCUUUAUAAUGUACACAUGAUGCAGUGUGUUUAAAAAAGAAUCUGUUAAUAAAAUAUUUAAAAAGAGAGAAAUGUGGAA